AUGGAUUCAGAAAAUUUUAAACAACAUUUAAAAAAAUUAUAUAGUGUUAAUAAUGGCAAAGUUAAAAUAACAAAUGAAAUUGUUAAAUUUACACAAAAUCACUCAGAACCAUUACAUCAAGUUCAAAAAGAUUUGAUUAAUUACACAAACACAAAUUUUGAAUCGAACUCAUAUAUGUUAACUGAUGGUAAUCAAAAUCAAUUUUUCACAUUAUUAUUAAAAGUUUUAAAUGCUAAAAAAGCAAUUGAUGUUGGUGUUUAUACUGGAUUAAGUUCAUUAUCAUUUGCACUUUCAAUGCCAGAUGAUGGUAAAGUAACUAGUAUUGAUUGUGUUAGAGAUUAUGAAGAAUGUUGUCAUUUACAUUGGAAGAAAGCAAAUGUUGAUCAUAAAAUUAAUUUAGUAAUUGAUAAUGCAAAAAAUCAUUUACAAAAAUUAAUUGAUAAUGGUGAAUCUGGUACAUUUGAUUUUAUUUUCAUUGAUGCUGAUAAAGACUCGUAUGAUGCUUAUUAUGAAUUAUCAUUAAAAUUAAUUAGAAAAGGUGGAAUAAUUGCAUUUGAUAAUAUUUUAUUUUUUGGUGCAACUUUAGUUGAUCAUGAUAGUAAAAAACCGGAAGAUCAAAUAUUUUUGGGUUGUCCAUCAUUCCAAAGAAUGGUAGAUGCAUUAAAAUUAUUGAAUGAAAAAAUUGCAAAUGAUGAAAGGGUUAUUAAAACAAUGUUACCAUUAUCUGAUGGAAUUACAUUAGUUACAAAGAAAUAA